GACCCCCAGGAUCCCCCCCCCCCCCCCCCCCAGACCCUGCCAGGACCCCCUGAGACCCCCCCCAGGACGCCCCCGCGAUGCGGCUGCGGCUCAGGAACGUUUUCCUCGUUUAUUUCGUGGUGUCGCUCGUGGGGCUCUUCUGUGCCCUGCGUGAGCUCGGCCGGCCCUGUCCCUGCCCCGAGCCCGAGCGGCGCCGGGGCCGCUCUGGGGGGGCCCUGGGGGGGGAGGGGGCGGCGCUGCCCCCGAUCUACGUGGUGACCCCGACCUACGCCAGGCCGGUACAGAAGGCGGAACUCGUUCGCCUCUCCCAGACCCUGCUCCACGUCCCCGCCCUGCACUGGGUGGUGGUCGAGGACGCCGCCGCUCCCUCGGCGCUGGUCGGGGGGGUCCUGGCAUCUUCGGUCUCGUUCACGCACCUGAACGCCGAGACCCCCCCCGAUCUGAGGGGGGGUCCCGAGCCCCGUCCUGGCUGUUCCCGAGGGGGGGCAGAGCAGCGGAACCGAGCCCUGCGCUGGCUGCGGGACACGCGGGGCAGGGACGAGCCCGGCGUGGUUUAUUUUGCUGAUGAUGACAACACCUACAGCCUGAGGCUCUUCGAGGAGGUGGGUGGCUCGGGAAUGCCGGAAAAUCCGGAAAACAUGACAAAAAUCCCGCCCCCCCCCCCAAAAAAAAAUCCGACCUGGAAAAACGAAAUUUGCCCGAGUCUCAGCGAUCCAUCCUGAGCUACCCUGAACUCACCCAAAUAUCCCAAAAUUAUUCAAAUACCUAUUAAUACCUGCAGCCUGUGGCUGCUCGAGGAGUUGGGGGCUUAGGAAUACCAGAAAUUCUAAAAAAAAAUCCUGAAAACAAACAAACAAAAAAAAAAAAAUCUGACCUGAAAAAUCCCAGACUCACUGAGCCCUGCUGAUCUGUCCUGA